AUGAAGGUUACACUCCUCACAUUUACGCUCUGCGCGGUCGCUCUUGCUGCACCAGUUGCACAGGAUGCCAAGCGUGAUAAGCUACAAAACCUCUUUUAUGUUCCUGCUGGUGCCGAGGGCGAUGCCCCGGCUAAGCGUGACAAGCUUCAGAAUCUCUUCUACGUCCCUGCUGGUGCCGAGGGGGAAAUACCAGAGAAGCGCGAUAAGCUUCAGAAUCUCUUCUACGUCCCUGCUGGUGCCGAGGGGGAAACACCAGAGAAGCGUGAUAAGCUUCAGAAUCUCUUCUACGUCCCUGCUGGUGCCGAGGGCGAUGCACCAGAGAAGCGUGAUAAGCUGCAAAACCUUUUCUACGUCCCAGCUGGUGCCGAGGGGGAAACACCAGAGAAGCGUGACAAGCUUCAGAAUCUCUUUUAUGUCCCUGCCGGCGCCGAGGGAGAAACACCUGAACAGAAAUAA